AUGUUCUACAGUCACGAGAUUCUAACGAACCGACAGUAUGGCGUCGCGACCAUCUGGCUCGUCGCAACCCUCGGUUCAAAAUCCAACCUGAAGAAAGUAUCGCGUCGUGCGAUCCUUGACGUCGACCUUCCAAAGGCGUGCCAGACUAUCACUGAGCCCGAACUGCCAAUGGCGCUGCGGCUGCAGGGCAGUCUGCUUUUUGGUGUGACACGCGUGUUCUCGCAACAAUGUGGAUAUUUCCUAACCGACAUCACAAGUCUGAGGGACAAGAUGAGAGGUACAGAACAAGUGUUCAAAGAGAUAGAAGUCGAUCCCGAGGUAAGCAAGGCGAGACCCGAACAGCUUAACAUCCAGGAGGACCCGUUCUUCUUCCCAGAAGUCCAUCUCAAUUUUGAUUUGGCCGCCUUCGGCUUCCCUUCGGACGACUCGACGGUGUCCAGCGCCUACUCUCCACGCAGUCUGCCUUCAAGCCAGUCGAGUCUUCAAAUCGGUGAAGAGGAAGAACCGGAGCAAGAAGCUGGUCUGGACAUACCUUCUUACAGUACACCUGGAGGACUGGGCGGAUUUGAAGGAGAACCAGCUGCGACAAGCUCGGCUGUCCAGAGUGGAAGCAAAGCAGGACAGCAUUCUUCGAUCUUUGGAGAGGAGCCUCUUGUUCUUGAUGAGCCUGUCUUCGACCUUGGUGAUGAUGGCUUUCUUCAUCCAGCCCUGUCCGCUGACUUACACGGCGCCAAUGUUGCAGACCAAGGUCUACAAGACGUCUCUGGAGAGGAUGUGACGGGCGCAGGGGCGCCGGAAGCUGGCAUUGCCGCUGAGGAUGAGCAGAUCCAGCAGAAUAUGCCCUUUGACGAUGAUAUUAUACCGUUUGGUGAAGAUGAGCCACCACUGCCUACAUCCGAAGCGCCUGUCACGCCACAGCCUGCAGGUACUGAAGUGCGUCAGUCUGAACGAGCUACCUCCUCCGCUCGACCGUCCGAGGACCGUUCAGAGAUAAUCGAGGCUCCGCAGCGACGAGGCCGGCAAGCAAAAGCUCUUCAGCCGGAUCAGAGGACCGAAUUGAGCAACAGAGACCUGACCGAAUGGAACCAGAACUAUCUUGUCAACAUGGCUGUAGCUCUCAAAGCUAAGCAGAGCCACGCUUCCCACUUCGAAUCAAAGAAAAAUGCCGAGUUCUGGGUUCUGCGUCAGGGAAUCGGGAAUGUUGCCGCCAAUUUUGGCGAAGACAGAACCCCACACCCGCUUGCCAUGUUCAGUGGUCACUCACUCUGGGAUCUAUUGAGAGGCCUGUCUACCGGUACCAAGCGAACUCGCAGCAGCUCACCAGCGGACGGGGAGGAAGAUGAAGAAGCAAGACGAGUCAGGGCUAGGACAGCAUCUGACGAAUCUGACGAAGGCGUCGCUCGUGGACAAGAAGGCGAGACCUCCAUGUUUGGUAAUGACGAUGGAUUAAUGCUUCAGGGCGACGACCUCAACCUUGAAAGCGAAGUCGGUCGCCAUGCGCCUCCAUCACUCGCAGACAAUUCUUCUGGCAUGCCUUGGAAUAUCUCCGCAUCUCGUCAUAGUUCAGCUCAACCCUUGGGCAGUGGACCGAUAGCGAGAUUGAGUUCCAGUGUUGCAGGGCUUCCCGGUGGUAUGGAACUUGGUCCACCUUCGGCUCUUGGAAGACGCGGAUCUCGGUUCACGUCUGCAAGUCCUUUGCUCGGAAGAGGUCUUUCUUUGUCCAGGAUUGGCAGUCACGAGCCUUCGCACCUCACCAGCAACGAAGAUGAAUUCGCAGACCUGGAUGCUCAACUCGGCCUCGAUGCCAAUCCAGACUUUGAGCUGUACGGCCCUGCUGCUAAUGUUGACACCCAAACAGCAGCACAAAGUCAAUGGGUGGCUUCGGCCCUGGAGAAUGAAGCGAACAAUUUCCUCAACUUUGUCCAAACGAGGAUUGCCGAGAAUGCAGAUGACCAGCAAGGAGAUGACGAGGGCAUGACCGAAAGCAACAAGAUCACAUUCGAUGAGUUGCUGCCACCAAUCCAGAACUCACAGAUUGUCGGCGCUCAAGGCCUCCUCCAUGUUCUUGCACUGGCCACGAAAGGCUUGCUGGAAGUGCAUCAAACACAGCCGUUCGGAGAUAUCGAGAUUGCAGUUGUCAAUCACUGA